AGUAUUGUUUCAGUGUUUGAAUAGAUCGGUUUGAAUGCGCAUUACCUUAAAUUCCACUUUAAAAUUUUGUGCCGAUUAAGUUAAAAAAUGUUUCGAAUUUACGCACUAUUCUUGUGUCUUACUGUUUCUUUUUCACUGUCGAAUAGCCAAGAUGUAUAUAAAACGGUUUCGACAAAAAGUGGAAUGGUUCGCGGUUUGGUGGAUAAAACUUUGUUACGUCGAAUGACAUUCGUUUCGUAUAAAGGGAUCCCUUAUGCCAAACCACCAAUUGGUGAACUUCGAUUCAAAGCUCCUGAACCGGUUGAGCCAUGGUCGAAUGUGCUAAAUACAUUUCAACAUGGAAAUAAAUGUCCGCAAAUCUCUUCGAUCUUACCAGCGACUAGUGAGAAUUGUUUAUUUUUGAAUAUCUACACACCGGUUGUAAAUGUUACAAAAAAGGUUCCGGUAUUAGUUUAUAUACAUGGUGGUUUGUUUGUCAUGGGAUCUGGAAACGAUGGAUGGUUUGGACCGGAUUUUUUUAUCGAAAGUGAAAUAAUUCUGGUGACUAUGAAUUAUCGACUUGGAAUAUUGGGAUUCAUGUCAUUAGGAACAGAAGAAUACUCGGGCAAUAUGGGCAUGAAAGAUCAACAAUUGGCAUUGAAAUGGAUUUAUGAGAAUAUUGAACGAUUUGGCGGUGACAAUGAACAAAUCACAAUUUCUGGCCAGAGUGCAGGGUCCAAAUCUCUCGGUUUUCAUUUGGUGAACGAACAAUCGUCAAUGUAUUUUAAUCAAAUGAUUUCAAUGAGUGGAACAUCAAAUACGGCAUACAGCUAUCAAAGCGGCGAUCAUCGAUGUUUAAUGCAGAUUUUUGCCAAUAAAUAUUCGCCAAAGUGUUUGAAUAACGAUGACGAAUUGAUUGAAUUUCUGAAAAGUGUGCCAGUGAGUAAGAUCAUUGAAUUUACCACAGAAACUGUUGAAGGACUGCAGUCACCAUGGAAUCCAGUCAUCGAAAAAAGUAACUCCAUUCGUCCAUUCCUUCGUGAAGACAUAAAUGUAAAACUGCAAACAACUACCAUUAAUAAAAAUGCUUACUUCACUUUUACUCCAUAUGAGGAGCUACUUUUUACAUUUGGCAAAAAUUAUACCAAUGCAAAUGUUAUUGAUGCUUAUUUGGCGAAUUUUUCUAUUGAUUUACCGAUACAUGGAUAUAGUUCGUCGAUGUCGAGGAAACCAUAUCUGAACGGUUUGAUGAAUCAAAUCCGUGACUUUUAUUUUGGCGAAGCAAGUACCGAUCUGAAACGUUUAGAACAGCGACUUAUUAUGGAUUCAGAUCUUCACUACAUUUACUUUAUUGAAAAAUGGAUCCAAGGACAUGUGGCUGCUUCACAGAAAAACACCUUUUACCACAGAUUUUCCGUGGUUACUCCAUUGAAUCCACAUAUCGAAUUCCAAGGCGCGAGUCACACAGAUGAUCUGUGUUAUGUAUUCAAAUGUAGGCGAUUUGAUUUACUUUACAAGGGAACCGAACUAACAAAGAACAUUUCAAAAUAUAACCAAAAAAUCUCUAAUGCUAUGGAAAAUAUGAUGAAAUUAUUUUCAAAUUUUAUCAAAUACGGAAAUCCAACGAUUUAUGGUAAUCCGAUUGAAGAGUUUAAACCAGUCCAAGUGAACGAACUCAAUUUUGUGGACGUUACAUUGGAUGACGGACUGAUUUCGGGUGUAUCACCGAACGGAAAUCGUACACAAUUUCUUGAUUACAUUGUCGAAGAAACGAAACGGCUGGUUGAAGAAAAUGGUGAUUCACCAAAAGAUACACUUAUUCAACAACAGUGCAAGGUUUUGGGGAAAACUUUAAAAAGGCAAUGCUAAUAAAUUCCAAAGAAAACUCGAUCGAGCUUAAGAUGAAUUUCAAGCGAAUUGCCUCAAUUUUUGUUUAUUUUAGUCAUGUGGGAAUAAAAACCAUUUGUUGACAAAUAUUUCA